UCAAUAUCCUACAAUUAGGGUUAUUUUUACGAAGUAAAACUAUAGGUAGGUAAGGUAGCCAGAUGAAAUACAGGGAUUUCCAGUUAAAUGUGAAUCUUAGAUGAACAACACUGUUACCUGAAACUCAAAUUUAACUGUAUUUUAUCCGUGACCCUGCCUCCUGUAAUGCACAGGACAGCCUCCUUCCCUCUCAACAAAGAAUUAUCCAGGCCCAAAAUGUCAAGAGUGGAGGCUGAGAAACCCUGCCAUACAGCAGUGGUUCUCAAGCCCUAGUUUGUACCACAAUUACCUUCAGGGUUGGUAAGCCCGAUUACUGGGCACACCCUCAGAGUUUCUGAUUCAGUAGGCCUGGAGUGGGGCCCCAAGAGUUGCAUUUCCAUCAAUUUCCCAGGUGAAGCUGCUGUUAGAUUGGGGCCACAUUUGAGAACCACUACCCUAGAAAGUCCCCAUGCUCUCCUGAUUAGAAGCGAGGAAAGUUUCCAAGGGAGGACGGGGGUGGGAGGAUAAGGGAGAGGCGGGAAGAGCCAGCCCGCUGGGGUGGGAGACGUUAUUUCGGCCGUUCUGGCCUCGCAGGCGUUUUCGGGAUCCCUCUAGGCGCCGCGGAGGUCCCGGAGUCUCGAUGGUCGCUCGGGCCGGGGCGUGGCCUGGUUCGGGGGCGUGGCGUGGAAGGCGGGCCGAGGUGCGGCGAGCGCUCUCGUGCCGGACGUUGCGCGGCCGCGACGCCCGACGCCCGACGCCAACGCAGGCGCAGCGCUCCGGUUCGGGCUCGGGAGGCUCCGUCUGGGCCAGGGCAGGUUCUUAGACUCUGUGAGUAAAGACAGCUUCGUCUUCCCAGUUCAUCAUGGCUUCAACAUCCAGUUUCUGUUAUCUGGAGUGAUGACAGCAGCAUCUGGAUUCAUCGCUAAAGGGGAUCCUCUGUUUUAGAACACGUCAUUUAAGAAGGAAAGGAGAGAUGUCAUUGCUGGGAGAGGUACCCACUCAAAGGUGAAGUCUGCAAAGCUGCUCGAGGUUCUGAAUGCUAUGGAGGAGGAAGAGUCCAACAGCAACAGGGAAGAGAUUUUCAUUGCACCUCCCGACAAUGCUGCGGGGGAAUUCACUGAUGAGGACUCAGGUGAUGAAGACAGCCAGCGAGGUGCUCACCUGCCUGGCAGUGUGCUGCAUGCUUCAGUCCUGUGUGAGGACUCUGGCACCGGCGAGGAUAACGAUGACCUGGAGCUGCAACCAGCCAAGAAGAGGCAGAAAGCAGUUGUGAAACCUCAGCGCAUUUGGACAAAAAGAGAUAUUCGUCCAGACUUUGGCAGUUGGACGGCAUCAGAUCCUCAUAUUGAGGAUCUGAAAAGCCAAGAGCUGAGUCCUGUGGGCCUUUUUGAGUUGUUUUUCGAUGAAGGAACAAUUAAUUUCAUUGUUAAUGAAACCAAUCGUUAUGCUUGGCAGAAAAAUGUCAAUCUGAGUCUUACGGCUCAGGAAUUGAAGUGUGUUUUGGGCAUUUUGAUUUUAAGUGGGUACAUCUCUUACCCAAGGAGAAGGAUGUUCUGGGAAACCUCUCCUGAUUCACAUCAUCAUCUUGUGGCCGAUGCAAUUAGAAGGGACAGAUUCGAACUAAUCUUCUCAUACUUACAUUUUGCAGAUAACAACGAACUUGAUGCAGGUGAUAGGUUUGCCAAGGUCAGACCUCUCAUCAUCCGGAUGAACUGCAAUUUCCAGAAGCACGCACCCUUGGAAGAGUUCUACAGCUUUGGCGAGUCUAUGUGUGAGUACUUUGGGCACCGGGGGUCCAAGCAGCUGCACAGGGGGAAGCCUGUGCGACUUGGCUACAAGAUUUGGUGUGGGACAACCAGCAGAGGCUACUUGGUGUGGUUCGAGCCCUCACAGGGCACACUUUUUACCAAGCCAGACAGGAGCCUGGAUCUAGGAGGCAGUAUGGUAAUAAAAUUUGUGGAUGCGCUUCAGGAGCGUGGUUUUCUGCCAUAUCACAUAUUUUUUGACAAGGUUUUUACAAGUGUUAAACUGAUGUCCAUUUUGAGGAAAAAGGGGGUGAAGGCCACAGGAACUGUUCGUGAGUACAGGACUGAGCGAUGUCCCCUAAAAGACCCCAAAGAACUGAAAAAAAUGAAGAGGGGUUCAUUUGAUUACAAAGUCGAUGAGAGUGAGGAGAUCAUCGUGUGCCGCUGGCACGAUAGCAGCGUGGUCAACAUCUGCUCCAAUGCCGUGGGCAUAGAGCCAGUGAGGCUGACCAGUCGUCACUCUGGAGCAACUAAAACGCGGACUCAGGUCCACCAGCCAUCACUGGUGAAGCUGUAUCAGGAGAAGGUGGGCGGUGUUGGUAGGAUGGACCAGAAUAUUGCCAAGUACAAGGUGAAGAUCCGAGGCAUGAAGUGGUACUCAAGCUUUAUUGGCUAUGUCAUUGAUGCUGCCCUCAACAAUGCAUGGCAGCUGCACAGGAUCUGCUGCCAAGAUGCCCAGGUGGACCUCCUUGCCUUCCGGAGAUACGUCGCCUGUGUGUACCUGGAGAGCAAUGCUGACACGACCUCUCAAGGGAGGCGAAGCAGGCGGUUGGAGACUGAGAGCCGCUUUGAUAUGGUUGGACACUGGAUUAUCCACCAGGACAAGAGGACCCGAUGUGCCCUCUGCCACUCGCAGACCAACACCCGGUGCGAGAAGUGCCAGAAGGGUGUCCAUGCCAAGUGCUUCAGGGAGUACCAUAUCCGGUGACAUCAGGAGACAUGCUUGUUUGGUUUAUAAUGAGAUGUUCACAGUUAAAUACAGAUAGCAGUUGAUCACUUCUGUUUUGUGUUGGAAAAAAGACCUGAAUUUCUGAUGACUUGGUUUUCUCUUUUCUCCCUACCCACAAUUGUUAUCUUUUUUAUUGUGUUCUAUUAUGCCUACAUGGAUAUCAAUUAAUAUUUAUAUUCAUUUAUAUUUAUAUUUUUGAACUUAUUUAUUUAAAGUUGUGGGACCACUUUUUAUUCAGAUAAAAGUUGUGCUUUGGGGUAUAUUUGAAUCCUAGGAAGAAGAAUCAGAGGAAAACUUGCAAGAACAGUAAGAAGACUUGACCAUUGCAUGCCAUGGUUUAUAAUCUAACAUAGGCAAUAGUGUAUAAAUAUCAUGUAAAUGUGAUUGAUUUCUUAAUCCUAUUUAUUUCAUAUUAAUCUAAGUUUAUCAAACUUUCCAAGGAUAGAUAAUCUGCCUUGUAUUUAGUCAGAGGGCUAGAGUUUCAGAGUUCAUAUUUUCUUGAUAAAAAUAUUUUCCUAAUACACAUAUAUCAAUGUGGGAUUCAUUUUAUAAAAAAUUAUUUUUUUAAUUUUUGUGGGUACAUAGUAGUUGUGUAUUUUUAUGGGUUACGUGAGAUAUUUUGAUACAGACAUGCAAUGUGGAAAAACCACAUCAGGGUAAAUGGGCUAUCCAUCCUGUCAAACAUUUGUCCUUUGUGUUACAAACCAAUUAUACUGCUAGUUAUUUUAAAAUGUACAAUUAAAUUGUUUUUAACUGUA